UGACAUAAUUAAUUACAAACAAAAAUCUUAUAAUAUAUAUUUCCUCCAUCAACCAAAACCAACAUUACAAGCUACUCCAAUUUCCCUCUCUCCCUCAUGCAUCAAUCAUGUCCCACUCCUACCAGCACUCACAACCACAACAAAGACGGUUAUCAUCUCAAUUCCUUCAUCACAAUCAACAAUUUUUCAAUAUUAUUUCUCCUCAAACGUCCCUCUCACCUUCUCAUUCACUUCACAAACUCACUUCAACAACAACAACUACAACAAGUUUCUCUUUCUUUCACAACAAGCAUUAUCAAGAUUAUGAAGAUGAAGAAAAUGAACCUAUUACUCCUCCAUAUACACUCCCUUGUUGCUUUAAUAUUCUUUCUCAUUCUAAGCGAUUCAAGUUUCAUGUUUCUAACAUGGAUCAUCAUCUUCAACUAGAUCAUUUCUCAUCCUUUAAAUCUCCUUCUCAAAUCAUUGGAAAAAAGAAAAGUAUUGGACUGCAAAAGAGAGAGGAACUUGAAAGAGAGGUCAAUAUGCUUCAAAGGUUGUUAGACCAAGAAGAAAAAGUUCAUGAAAUAUUAGAUAUGGUGAAUAAUAGACCAAACAAUUCAGCCAUAUCUAUUCCCAAUUUUCUUCCUCCUAAGAUGAGAGAACUCUUGGCAGAGCUAGUCUUGGUUGAGAGUGAGAUAGCUAAACUUGAAUCUCAAAUUAGCCAACUUCAAGCUGGUUUGAAACAUGAAGAAGAAAUCGCGAAGGAAUCUAAGUCGAAAACGUGGAACCAAGGGAGUUUGAUCAGCAAUUCUUCUAACUACAAUCAUUUAUCGACUUCGUCGGUUAUAAACCCGAGUUCUGUUCAAAGAAGUAGUAGUAAUAUUCAUGAAAGGAUGGCAUUUGAAACCAAAGCUUUGCAUUUUAUAAGUAAAGCUAUAAAGGGUGAUUAUAAUCUCAACGACUUCGGUCUUAACGAGAAAACAGGAUUUUCUAAAAAUUCUGUUGAACAGGAAGAAGUGAAGUUUCAUGAAAGACUUAUAAGAAAAAAUGCAGCAGCGAAGCCUCCUUCGCCUAUGCGAGACCCUCGUCAUCCAUCGCCUAAGCUGCGUGAACGGAAUCUAGACAUGUACUUAGAUCUACCGACUAGAUCACUACUUGAUCCACUUCUAUCAGAAGAGAAUGAUCUAAAGUGGCAGCCAAACAAGCUAUCUGAAAGCAUCAUGAAGUGUUUGAACUUCAUAUAUGUAAGACUACUAAGAACAUCAAGAGCAAUGGAAUUGGAGAAAUCAGGACCUGUUUCGAGGUCUUUGCAUUCUUCUUUAAGCUCAAGAAGCUUCAGGGUCGAUCCUGGAUCGACCCCGAAACCAAGCUUUAUGUUGCAGAAGGAAUCAAGGCAACAAGAUCCAUACGGUAUCUUUAAUAUAGAAGAGUCCAUUCCAAGGGACAUUGGUCCUUACAAGAACUUGGUUAUGUUUACCUCGAGUUCUCUUGAUCCGAAAUUCAUCUCAAGCCCUUCCUCUAUUCCAUUACUAAGAAAGCUAAGGAUCUUAAUGAGCAAUCUUCAGACAGUUGAUUUGAAAGGCCUAACAAAUCAACAGAAAUUAGCAUUUUGGAUCAACUUGUACAAUGCUUGUAUCAUGCAUGGAUUCAUCCAAUAUGGAGCUCCAUCCACACCAGAAAAGUUAGUUGCAUUGAUGAACAAGGCCACCCUCAACAUAGGAGGGAAUAUCAUAAAUGCUCAAGCUAUAGAGCAUUUUAUUUUAAGGAAACGCGAUACUUCUAAUAUGAAAGAGGCACAGAGAAAGGGAGAGUGGGAAGAGAAAGAAUCGGUUGUACGCGAACUUUAUGGACUAGAGUUUGUGGAUCCUAAUGUCACGUUCGCUCUUUGUAAUGGAACUCGUUCUUCUCCGGCUGUGAGGAUAUACACAGGUGAUGGUGUAACAACUGAGUUAGAGAAAUCAAAGCUAGACUAUUUUCAAGCUUCAAUUCUGGCAACUAGCAACAAAAGGAUAGGGUUUCCUGAACUUCUGCUCAGAAACAUGCUUGAUUUUGCUGUGGAUAUUGACUCACUGGUGGAGUGGGUGUGUAAUCAGUUACCUACUUCAGGGACUUUAAGGAAAUCAAUGGUGGAAUGCUUUAGGGGUCAUAGUGGAAAUGUCAAGGCCUCAAGUAUUGUUGAGAAGAUACCUUAUGACUAUGAAUUUCAGUAUUUGUUGACUAUAUAAGAUUACAUUUUUUAUUCUUGUUACAAAACUUUGUGUAUAUAAAAGGAUUUUGAGCAGAAGCAUCUAAGCAUUGUCUCUUUUCCAUGUUAAAGUGUAAGUCAAAGUUAGUUGAAUGGUAGUUAAGCUACUUGUGACACAAGUAACUAGUUAGUUGUGAUUGUUAUGUUGUGCAUUGGGUCUUAUUAGUGAUUGUAAGUCCGAGUCCAAUGAUGUAUAAAGAAGUGACACAUUCAAGAAUAAAAGGUGUGAUCAAGUGAGAUCAAUUCACUUUCUUAGA